AUAUCCUGUGAUAGACUACAUCUUGCGGUCGAAGAAGAACCUAGAUGGUGUGGGUGCAUACAGCAUACCAUUUUGUGGCGACAUCUCAUCUCACGAGUAUGCAAAAAUCGCACGUUGGUUCGCUGAGAACAUUCCCGGUGCCUCCGGUCAAGUCGAAAAAUGGCUCGGUGGCAUGCCUUUAGUGCACGCUUUCACUCUCGUUGUUGCUCAUCGAAAGGCUGGUUAUUUCCAAAAACGCGAAUGGAACAAUAACGAGCUUUUGAAGAUGGCUUGGGCUGAUCUCAUGAUAAGCUAUCCCGCCGACAGUUUCGUGGCUGACGUAGACCUCGAGUGUCUGACCACACUGGAAGCAAGGAUGUUCGAGGAUUCCGAAGAAGCAGGACUUGCAGGCAACCGGCAGUGGGUUUGGAUGCUGGUCAACAUCACAGGCGGUGGGGCGUGUAUCUCAACAUUCCUACUGAGUGGGUUCUGGGCAGAGAUUACAGCGAGAGUGAACUUGAGCGCGGCCCUUUAUUCAGCGACAACUCUGAUGCCACGUCUGCAGACGAGUUGUCCGACAUUGUAGCUCCUUCGC